UCUGUCAACCUUUUGACUUUUGUCUUAUACAGAUCUUAUUCGCAGUCAACCAUUUUUAUUGUUUUCAUCUUUAAAUAACCAUGUAUUCACCUCAUAAACACUCAUAUAUUCAAGCUCGUUCCUGUGGGAUAAACCCAAGAGUCAUAAACCGAACUGUCGCGAAAGCGAGAGAUAAUAUUGUGAUUGACGGUAUUGAUUUUGAACCACCGUAUUUACGUUUAUCGUCUCAUUUGCCGUACACUCCAAUUGGAAAUGUCGAUAUAACUAGACGACCAUGUGCUUUCGACCGAUGGGCUUUACCAAAACUUCGCAGAGAACUUCAUAGCAAAGACGAAGACUUACAGAUUUGUGCUAUAACAACCAUAUGUGAUUUAUGUCACGACCCUGAAAAAGCUUUCGAUGCAAUUAGGCUUCGUAUACCUAAUCGUUUGGCAGAUCUUCUACUAAACAGCAACGAGGUCAUAAGAGAACGAUCACUUUAUGCAUUGAUUGUAAUUGCUAACCAAGCUGACGGAAAAACAGCAAUUACUCAAAACAAAGUCAUUCUUCAGAAUUUAGCGGAACUGAUCGCCUCAGAAGCUAACGAUUUAGUUCGUCUGAAAGCUAACGAAGUAGUCUAUGUGGUGUCAGAAUUUUGGGUAACAGGUUGCGAUUUGGUGGAGAACAAGUUUCUAACUUACUUAACUGAUGGGAUCGAACUUGAGACGGACGAAAUAAUCGUGAUGCGCCUGAAAGCCCUGUACCAUUUGAUGACAACAACCAGUUCCAUAAGUGAAGUGAUGGAGCUGGACGGAUUCGGCACGUGUUUGGAUUUGCUCGAAAGAGACAACGUAGCCGUCCAGGCACACGCUCUCAAAUGUCUUCAAAUUUUGACUUCCAGUCCAGUUGGUCAGGAACUAUUCCUAGAAAAUAAAAUUCUUUACAAGCUAAAUAAACUGUUGAACCACAAAAACCCAGACGUUUAUACUUAUGCUACAUCAUUGCUGAUGUUUGGCACUGUCCAUACAAAAGUCAAAAUCAAAUGCAAGAAGUUUGUCAAUAUACCUAAACGUCUGUUGGAGCUUUGUAAUGACAGAUUUACUCCUUACGUUCAGUUCUUUGCCAUCAAAGCUCUGACCAAUAUUUCCGAGUUCCCUCCUAUUAGGAUGAAAGUGCGCGAAAAGAUGGAUGUUGUUAACAAUAUUAUCGUGGAUGGCGAUGCUGAUUUGAAACGUCAUAAGGAGAUUCUUUUAAAGGUUCUGGAAAAAGAACCAGGUGUUUUUGACGAGGAAGAUAUUAUGCCUGGAUAUUAUCAACAAAAUGUGUAAACUGUGCAAUCUGUCACUCAAUAAAGCAACUACUAAGAAAUUUAAUAACUUAAUUAAUUACUUACAUCAUUUUUAAAGUAC